GCACUGAUGGGUGACAUUGAAAGGCAGCUCAGAUGGGUACUGAUAUGUGGCAUUGAUGUGCACUGGUAUGCACUGAUAUGUGGCAUUGAUGUGGCACUGAUGGGCACUGGCACAUGCCACUGAUGAACACUGACUGCUGGCACUGAUGGACACUGACAGGUGGCACUUCUGGGGCCACACUGAUCAUCAGGGCACACUGAUCAUCAGUGCCCUGCGGCUCUCCUCUCCUCUCGAGAUGUCAGCGUGAAAGCUGUGGAAGGUGG